UUUGUGUGAAAAAAAAGAAAUGAAAGGCGUUUUUUUGUAAAAGUGAAUUAAAAUUUUAUUUUAAUUGCUGUUGAGCAACGAAACAAAACUACAUGAAUUAACAGACCGUCUCAGAAUGAAUAGCAACACAUCAUCAAUCUUGAUGCAACAAUCUUUAGAUUUUCAAUUUCUUUCUGUUUGUCACUAUAUUACUAUUUUUGGUAUUUAUUUUUACAACAAUGAUUUAAUUACACUUGAUGAGCGAAGUCAGUCUGUUCCUGUUUUAAAUACUUUGUUUGAGUAUUUAAAUAAAUCAAAAAAUGAAUCCGAGGCGAAACUUCAACUUCUAAAAAAAGUACUAAAGGGAAGUGAUCUCUACGGUGGCGGAGAAAAUGAAACACUUGAUAUGAAAUACGUUGAUGAAACAUAUCAGUAUAUCAUUAGCGAGGCUCUAUUUUCUCACUAUGGAAACAUUAAUGGAUAUUUGGCUAAAAUCAUCAACGUAGCGGAUGAUAUAAAUUAUUCGGUUCUUAAGGAGAAGGUGUUUCAACAUCUUUCGGAAAAUUACACCAGUAGGGAAUAUUGUUCCAAUAAUAUUCCAUUAGGGAAUUACGGUUCCAAGAAUAUUCCGUUUGGAAAUUCUAGUUCCAAACUUAACGGAUUGACAAUUCAAAAAGUUUUUAACGAUUACAUUUGGCAAAUAUUUCCCCAACCCGAACAAGACAUGAGCAUAAUGGAAGUGAAUUAUAUGUACGCAAUGGUAGGUUUAAAAAUCAUCAGAUCUGUAUCAUCCACGACUCCAAAUCUUACCUUCCAGGAAUAUAUUCUAAUCUCCCGCGAGCUUGAUUUGCAGGAUUUCAACAACGAAACCUAUGAAAUGGUACUAAAAUUAUUCUCAACACCAGCAUUAUUUUUCUACGCCUACAAUCAAAAGGCAAAAUUUCAAAAAAUUGAUUUUCCCCUAACUGAUGAAUUUUGGAUCGAAGCUUAUGAAAAUUUAUUCUCUCACAUUAGUUUCACUAUGAAACAAAUUGUAACAAAGAAAAUAGAAAAUAGUCUUCACUACAAACUUGAAAAUGAAAUGAAUACUCUAAAAAGUCGAACAUUUAUUGCUGCAAAUAUACUUAGAUUAUAUUGUGAUUAUGAAAAUAUUGUACAAGUCCCUGAAACUGAUGUCUAUGUUUAUAAAACCCUUUACACUUGGAUGACAAAAUUAAUUCUAUCAAAACGUUGCCGAUUUGAUGAACUACCGUAUUUGGAAACAAUUUAUGAGAAUCAAUUUAAAGAUGUUGAGAGAUUAUACAAUGCAAUUGAGAAAAAUGCAAUUGAAAAAGUUCUUCUGGAUGGUAAUUUAAUUGAAAAAUUAAAUUUCAAUGCAACUGUUCAAUUUGCACGAGUUCCUGAUUAUCCAAUGUAUAUAUCAAUAAUUCCACCUGUACCAAGAAGUGUAAACAAAGAUAUUUAUCUAUUGUUUGUAAUCAAACAAAACAAAAAUCAAGAAUUUUAUGCAAUUAGACAGGAAAAGAAUUCUUUGAAAUUGCUUAUAAAUAGAGGAAAUGAACAAGAAUUUGCUAAAGCAGUUGCUAAUGAUCCUACAUUAAAUAUGGAAAUAGAAAUAUUGGCAAAUUUCCUCAAAAGAAAGAAUGAAAAUUACAAAAUGUUUAUACAAAGAAUUGCUGAUAUAAAGACAAAACAAUUUAUAGCAGAGCUAAUGAAUCACUAUAGAGAACCAACAAUUGGUGAGAAAAUACUCGAUUUUAUAAAAUCACUUAUUCCAUUUUACAGUUGUAUUGAGAGUAUAAGUGAAAAUAAUAAAAUUAACGCUGCAUUUAGUUGCACUAUGGAUAUUUUGUCUCUUAUUCCAUUUUUUGGUUUUGCUACAGAAUUUACAACUAAACUAACCAGUGUUUUGACAAUUGAAAUUGGUGAAAGGUAUCUACUUACAAAUAGUCUUGUAGGAAUUUUGGAAAAAUUGACAAUUACCAAAAUUUUGAAACAAAUAUCCCAAACAGCUGUUAGGACAAUUGCGGGAGAAAUUCUUAGUAGACGAUUUUUGAAAGAUUUAGUUGUAUCUAUGCUUCGAACACUGGAUCCUGGAUUUGAAUUAAUUUAUCAAGGUACAAGAAUCUCUUGGCAUGGAUUACGUCAUCUAUUUAAUAAAAUUAUUACCAAAUUUCAAAAUAUUCCGUCAGCUAAUAGAAUUAUAUUGUUUUUAAAAUCGAUACUGAAAAAUAGAAAUUUAGUUUCCGAUAAAAUUGGAUUGGUUCUAGCCAAACGUAACGGUUACGAAAUUGUUAGAUACUAUUAUCAAGGUGGAUCACACUUUUUUGGACCAACUUGUUUAAUUUCUUUAGGAAAAACUGCAGAAUUAAGAACCAUCAUUGGAAAUUCUUUUCCAAUUCCAGUUGUGGCGGAAAAUUCACCCAAUGGAAUUAUUUACAAACAAUUUAUUCCAAAAACUGGUGAUACAAUUCCAACUAAAUUAAAAAUGGAUAAAAAUGAUGUUUUACAUCGUAUUGGAUUUUUAUUGGACGUUCUUGUUUUACAAGGAGAGAAACUAAAUCCCCUGCAUAAUUAUCAUGUGUAUCAUAAUACUAUAAAUUGGAAUAAAAAACCAGAGGAAUCAGCAAAAAAUCAAAAUCAAGAAUCAAGGGAGAAUUUUUCUAAUUCUCAAGAAUCUAUUCAGGCACUGAUACCAAAUGCUGAAUUUCAAGUUACAUUACGUGGUAAUUUAGGUUCUAAUUAUCCCCAGGCAAAUAUUGAAUUAACCGGAACUUUGAGGGGAAAUAUUGUUCCUCAAGUUCCAAUAUUCGAUCAACCGGGAACGUCAAAGGAAAUUGAACCCAGUAGUUCAAAAUAUAUUAAUUCAUUGUAUACCACAAGUUUAAAGGAUUUAUUGAAUGCUAAAAGUGAAAUGCCUGGAAUUAUUAAAUUUGAACAAAAGGAAUCUAAAAUCAUUGAUGAUGAAAUCAAAUUAAAGGAGAAUUUAGAAUUAUCAAAAGUGGGAGAUUUUUUGGAAAACAAAAGAAGAAUGACGGAAUUAGAUUACGAAUAUCGUCAUAAAAAAUUUCGUUCUAAUUCUAAUAGUAAAAAAGUGGAUGUAAUUUUAAAACAUCAGCAAAGUGGGGAUAAAAAUGAAAAUCCAAUUUUGGAAACUAAAGGAAUAGAUGAAAUAGCAGAAAGUGAGGAACAUGAGGGAAUUUCUAAUAUUCGGGAAAUAGAUAGAAGAAAGGAUUUAAUUUCCCAAAUUCCAGAAAUAUAUUUACAAAAUCAAUAUCAAAUACAAAAAUCCAAUGCACCGUUAACAAAAGAUUUACAAGAAUAUUAUAAUUACAGAAUACAAAAUCAUGAUUCUAUUCCCGGUACAUCGAAACAAUUUUUAACAAAUUUAUCACCAAUAUUCUAUAGAACUAUUCUACCAUAUGAAACAUAUACACGAUAUCUUGAUAUUCUAAUGAUGUUAAAAAUUAAGGGUUUAUCAUUGAUGAAGCUCGAAAGUGAUAAAAUAAAUUUUCUACGAACAGCUGUUAAUAAAUUAGCUCUUCUACAAUUAGAUACAGAAUUACCACUUAAUAUUCCAAAAAAAUUAUGGUACACCCAAACAGUAAUGGGACAAUAUAAUUAUGCAGUAUUACAAAAUUUAAAAGGAAAUACAUUUUACUUUAAUGACAUUACUGUAUUGAAUAAUGAAGAACCAAUGUUAAGGAAAAUUGGUAAAAAUAAAAAAUUUCCCUCUGAAAUACAAAUACAUUAUGAAUUGGAAAUUAAUUCACCCUAUGGAUUUAUUGAUUUAACUAAUUUUCAUCAUUUAUUAAAAAAUGAUUAUAUUACAUUUAAUAAUGUUUAUUUUAAAGUAAUUGAUGUUAAUUUUAAUUCUCAUGCAAGUAUUUGUUAUAUUAAAUUAGAAAAUAAUUUUAUAGAAAAAAAAAUUUGGCGUAAAUUAAGAGAAGAUGAUAUUGAAAAUUUAUUGAAGAAUGAUGAAAUAAAUUCACAACGAUUGAAAAUUAUAAAAAAUGCUGCUAAUUAUAUGUCAGACAAUGCAUUGUUAUUUAAAUUUAAAGAAUCAAUGGAUUUUCUAUCAAAUUAUAUUUUAGAUAUAAAAUCAAUAAAUUCGAUUAUAACACCAAGUUAUAGUAAAUUGGCACAGGAUAUUAUUUAUCUAAAUUUUCCCUCUGCUUUUGAUAAAUGGAAAAUAAAUCAUCAUCCUUAUAUUAAAGAUAUAAUAAUAAAUAAUCAAUUAGAUGAAAUUAUUGAUCUAUCUGAAGCAAAACGUAGAAUUCAUGAAAUUUACAAUGAUAUUCAUUUGCAAAAUAUUGAUGAGGUUUUUGAAAAUUAUCAAAAAAUUCCAAAUGUUGAACAUUAUUUACGAUUUGAGGAUUAUUAUGUUAUUUAUUCGUUGAUUAAAAAUAAAUUAUUAACAAAUGUCGAUGGAAUAAGACGUUUUGAAGCGGCAAUUAAUCGAGUGGCAUUAAGACAAUCUGAUAAUGAAUGGAUUAGAAAACCAAUUGUACUUUAUCGUGGUGAUAUGAUUAGUUCGGAAUUAUGUAAUAAUUUAAUUCAUUCACUUGAAAAUAAUUGUGUUGUUGAAUUUGAUAUGUUUUUAAAAUUAUCGUCAAAUCGUGAUAAUGAAGUUGUUAAAGUAUUAAAUCAAGAUCAAUCAUCGUUAUUAAUUCCAUCAUUAAUGGAAAUUACAUUUGCAAAUCAAGCUGGUAUUAUUGAUAUUGGUCGUUUUAUAAAUGCUGACAAUUCAUUUUUUACAUUUACAUCGAAUUUUGAAUUUGCCAUAAAGGAUGUUGCAUUUAAAUUAUUAAAUGGUCAUGAUGUAUUUUGUAUUAAAUUACAACAUUUUGGAAAUUCAAAAGAAGAAACGAUGGUUCAAAUAGCAAAUAGACUUUUUGAAUUAUUUUCCACUGACACUAAAUUCUAUGCAGAUAAAAUUUCAGAAUUAAAUUAAAUAUUAUUGUUAUUUCCCUAGCGCAGACUCGUUGCACAUUAAUAUUAUUUCGUCUCAUUAUAAAUGUGCAACAAAUUCGUCGCACAUUCAUUUGUUUUCAAUUUGCCAGGGUUAUUUUUAUUUAUUGUUUCUUUUUCAAUUUACUCUUUUUUUUAUGUUGAUUUUAGUUUUUCUUUUUUCUAGAUAUAAAAUAAAAUUGUAAUAAUCAAAAAAAAAAAAAAAAAUUGUUGUCAUUAAAUAAAAAUUUCUGUACUUAUAAAAUUAAUAUUGUAAUUUAUUUCAAUAAAGAUUAAAAUAAAUUCA